GAGAGAGUCGUACCCGGACAGAUCGACCAACGUGACCGCUGACAUUCCAGAUGUGCUUCCCGCCGUCGAGUACUAUGCCGAAGGUCAAGAUGAUCUCAGUUUGGAACAUCGGUGGACUGAGCACUGGCAACCGCGACCUGUUUGGGAAAGCUUGCACACCAAUUCUCCUGCAGUGAGAUUCUGAUUCACUGUAAACACAUUCCAGUCUAAUCAUGCGCUGGACAGGUAAUCACAGAACUGCCCGAAGUUCCGUAUCGCUCUGAUACCCCUUGGAUUCUAUCCAAUCACGAUAUUCAGCGCCAUGUCCGCGCAUAUGCUUCGCUGCACUCACUCAACGUGAACGACAAUUCGGAAGGCACUACCGCAUACUCGACAAAGGUUGAGAAACUGGAAAAGAAUCAAACUGCACACAAUUGGCGGCUCAUCCUCCGGAAGCUGACACGUUUGGAUGAAACUAAGCGCAUCAAAGUGGAAUGGUGGGCUGAAGAGUUCGAUGCUGUGGUGAUUGCCACUGGGCCGUAUGUGGCGCCCCACGUGCCGAAUAUCCGGGGCAUCGUUGACUGGAGCAACGCCAAAUUGGACGGACAGCAUAGCAUCUACCAUUCUCAGUCAUAUCGGCGUCCCCAGCGCUACCAGGACAAGCAUGUUCUUGUCAUCGGAGCUUCUGUUUCUGCCUCCGAGAUAUCGCGCGACAUUGCGCCAUAUGUGAAGAGUAUCACAGCCAGCGUUCGGCCCCACGAGAAUUUGCAUCCAUUUCAACUGCGCAGUCGUCUGCGAUUCCCACCGUCCACCGAGUUUGUCCCCGAGAUCGCUGCAUUCGAGCCGUUGGGAUCAUACAAUGACGGAAUCAAAAACGGACGCAUAACUCUGGUCAAUGGAACUGUUCUCACUGGUUUCGACGAGAUCAUUAUUGCCACCGGAUUCCUCCACUCGAAUGUUUUCUUCCCCGAGUACGAGCCGGACGGACAGCCGAAGAACCUGCACUGGACUGGCCACUACAUCCCUGAUCCGACACUGGCCUACACCAAUGUGCGUCCUUGGACUAUCGGAAGGUAUCAGUCCUACGCCUUCGCCAAAGUGUGGGAAGGCACCGCCCAUCUGCCGACCCGGCGGGAGAUGGCCGAGGACUACGAAAGUGGAAAAUAUCACUUUAGAGGGCUGUUCGCCACGCAGCCAGCGGAAGCCCUGUUCCGCCAGUACGUAACAUGGCUGAACAACGAGUCGCUGGAGAACGGUGGACGUUUGGUCGAGCCGUGGCCACUCGAGAACCGAGAGGUCUUUGUCUAUUAUUCGAACCUCGAAUGGCUGAAUGGCUAUUCUUCGUUGGAAAAUUUCACGGAGUUCGAGAACCUCGCGCAGCGAGAAUGGGGCUCGCAUAAUGUUGCCUGGGAUGCCAUCCUACACGAUGCGCCAGAGUGGUGAUUAUCUACGGGUACCACGUGUGCUUAGUCGUUA